GAUCUUUAAAGAAGAAAGAGGACUCUACCAGGACAAGGUCUUCUGCUUCGUCCACCUGAGUCUUCAGGAGUUUCUGGCUGCUCUUUAUGUCCAUCUGACCUUCAUCCAGUCUGGAGUCAAUCUGCUGUCCAAAGAACAAACAACAUCCAGACAGUCUGAGACAUCUGAAGAUAAACUUGAACUAACAUGUCUCCAUCAGAGUGCUGUGGUUGAGGCCUUAUAGAGUCCAAAUGGACACCUGGACUUGUUCCUGCGCUUCCUUCUGGGUCUUUCCCUGCAGACCAAUCAGACUCUCCUACGAGGCCUGAUGACACAGACAGACAGAAUCUCAGACACCAGUCAGGAUGCAGUCAAGUACAUCAAGAAGAUGCUUGAUGUGAAUUGUCAUGUGGAGAGAAGCAUCAAUCUGAUCCACUGUCUGAAUGAACUGAAGGAUCGUUCUCUACUGGAUCAGAUCCAGCAGCUCCUGAACUCAGGAAGUCUGUCUGGAGGGCGUCUGGCUCUUUCUCAUUUAUCAGCUCUGGCCUUCAUCUUACUGUCAUCAGAUCAACAUCUGAAUGUGUUUGACCUGAAGAAAUAUGAACCUUCACAUGAGGCUCUUCUGAGGCUGCUGCCAGUGAUCAAAGAAUCUAAAAAAGCUUUGUUAUCUGGCUGUAAUCUGUCAAAGGGAAGCUGUGAAGUUCUGUCAUCAGUUCUCAGCUCUCAGUCUUCUAGUCUGACAGAACUGGACCUGAGUAACAACCAGCUGCAGGAUUCAGGGGUGAAGCUGCUGUCUGCUGGGCUGGAGAGUCCACACUGUAAACUGGAAACUCUCCGGCUGAGUUUGUGUGAUCUGUCAGAGAGAAGCUGUGAAGUUCUGAGCUCAGCUCUCACCUCCAGUCUGAGAGAACUGGACCUGAGUAACAACGAUCUGCAGGAUUCAGGAGUGAAGCUGCUGUCUGCUGGACUGGAGAGUCCACACUGUCACCUGGAGACUCUCAGGCUGUCAGGCUGUCUGAUCACACAUGAAGGCUGUGCUUCUCUGGCCUCAGCUCUGACCUGCAACCCCUCCCAUCUCAGAGAGCUGGACUUGAGCUACAACCAUCCAGGAGACUCAGUCAAGCUGCUGUCUGCAGGACUGGAGGAUCCCUGCUGGACUCUGGACUCUCUCAGGGUGGAACCUGGUGGAGUCUGUUGGCUGAGACCAGGUCUGAGGAAGUAUUUCUGUGAACUCUCUCUGGAUCCAAACUCAGCAAACAGAAAACUCAAACUGUCCAGCAACAACACAAAGGUGGAACGUGUGAAAGAGGAUCAAUCAUAUCCUGAUCAUCCAGACAGAUUUGACCUUUGGCCUCAGGUCCUGUGUACAACUGGUCUGACUGGUCGCUGUUACUGGGAGGUCGAGUGGAGAGGAGGUGUGGAAAUAUCAGUGACUUAUAGUGGAAUCAGAAGGAAAGGAGACAGUCAUAACUGUUGGUUUGGUUGUAAUGAUCAGUCCUGGAGUCUGAAGUGCUCUGAUGAUGUCCUUUGUUACUCUGUCUGGCACAAUAAAAGAACAACAUUCCUUCCUCACUCCCCUUCAUCCUCUCACAGAGUCUCAGUGUUUGUGGACUGUCCUGCUGGCACUCUGUCCUUCUAUGAAGUCUCUUCUGACUCUCUGAUCCACAUCCACACUUUCUGCUGCUCAUUCACUGAAUCUCUGUAUGCUGGGCUCUGGUUUGGUUCUGGUUCCUCAGUGUCUCUGUGUGGACUGUAGGACAGAGAGUUUCCUCCUGUGGACUCAGACACACUUCAGUGUGGACACGAUCACACACAUGAAUGUUUGGAUUGCUGGUUUGAUUUUGAUGCCUCAGUGGUUGUAAAUGCACCAUGUAAACUAAUCAUGAUUUUCACAUGAUUGACAGUUUAUUUGCUCAAAGAAA